AUGACGUCAUAUUCACGCGUUUUCCCGCAUGGUGACCUCUUCCCGGUGUAAACAUACAUGGUAACGUACAAUUCUUUCCAGUCAUCCACCGGGCUUAUUUCGCAUCCGAUAAAUGGUAAUUCAGCACGGUAUGUCGUUAUAUUCACUGUAAUUCAAUGUAUUUUUGAUUUGCCUUUGGUCCAUUAUAAUGAGGUUGUAGUUAACUUUAACCAUAAUGGCCAGUGUAGGAUUUUUGAUUUUGUACAGACUAACACGUUUUGCCUCAGCCAUGCCAGGAUAUCACAAAAACAAAGGUAUUUUCAUGCGUAUACAUUCAAGUACAAUGGACAUACAACGUUUUUCAACAGGCUGUUUGAAAAGCAACAAUGAUUCCAGAUACAACUCUGAUCCAUCACUCUUAAAUACCAAGCUGGUAUCUAAACUGUCGAGAAAGAGAUCUCUCUCUCCACUUGAGAGAGUCAGUAACCUGCUUCCCCAGGAUGUACUGAGCCCUGAGGUGACGCAGCUGAGAGAACAGUGGCAGCCACUUGAGGAGGAUGUAUGCAUGCAAAAAGAGCAUGCUGAUAUUUUGUCCACGCAAGAGCAAGGUCCUGUAUAUGACUCAAGAGAUGAAUCCCUGUUUAAACAGCACGAUUCAGGUGCAAGGGAUGAGUUGGAUGUGCAUGCACAGUUGGACACAUCAAAGACACCAUUAAGUGCAGAACAUUGUAUGCCACCUACUCUCCCACGAGAGACCACACUUUCAUACGGGGAGCAGUUAAUGGCGGUGUAUCAUGGGAAAAAGCAUGUGGAGUUCAGGAAGAUGUUCAAGCUUCAGACAGGAGCACGUCUGCACAGCAGCUGGGGGGUUGUCCUGCAUGAGGACAUAGCUGGGCAUCCAGCGGGCCAUUUCCAGAAGACAAACCGAGGGGUUCCUAUCUUCAUACGACGUGCCAGUUUGGAUGAGUAUGUGCUGAGUAUGAAGAGAGGUCCAGCUAUCUGCUACCCAAAGGAUGCCAACAUUAUGCUGAUGAUGAUGGACAUCACAGAGGGAGACUGUGUGCUGGAGUCGGGCACUGGUUCUGGGUCCAUGUCUCUGUUUUUGUCUCGAGCAGUGGGCUCCAGUGGCAGCGUGUUCAGCAUUGACGUCCGAGAGGAUCACCUCAAAAAAGCCAUGCUCAACUAUCAGCGUUGGCGGGACUCGUGGAGAGCGCGGCGUGGGGAGGAUUGGCCUGACAACGUUCAGUUCCAUAACGCCGACCUAUGCACGGCGAUGUCACUUUUGGCCGGUCAGGCAUUCAAUGCGGUUGCUCUUGAUCUGUUAAACCCACACCUUGUUUUACGGACAGUGAUUUCACAUCUGCACCCUGGCGCUGUAUGUGCCGUCUACCUUGCCAAUAUAACACAAGUCAUUGACCUACUGGAAGGGAUUCGGUGCUCAGCGCUCCCUUUGCUGUGUGAACGCAUCUUUGACAUUCCAUUUCGAGAUUGGCUAGUGGAACCAGCUUUCCAAAAAGAUGGGCAAUACUGCUUGAGAAAGGCUGCGGUUUCUAAAAAAGACCAGAAAGAAGAGGACACUUCAGAUCAGGCUGGACAAGUCACAGAACAACAUCCAGCCUUUGGGAGUAUUCCCUACAUUGCUCGACCUCACCCGGUGCAAUUGAGUCACACAGCGUUCCUGGUGAAACUAAGAAAGUUUGUGAGGUAGCUGCUCAGUCGGAAGAGAAGAUUGUCAUUUAAUCCAUAGUAAUUUGUAAUAUGUACAAAAUACAUCUUUUUUUUAAAAGGG